CAAAAAUAAUCAACCCAAUAUAAUAUUCAAAAAUGAUAUAAAGUUCAGUACCAGCGUUAUACUAAUUUUAAUUCAUGUAAAUUAAUUAAAUUUCUUUUACUUGUGUACUAUAGAAAUAAAAUGGAACAUUUAUCAUUACCUACGUUGAAAAUACUUUAUAAACAUUAUAUCAAUUGGGUCAGCAGUCAUCCAGAACGCAUUACAGAUCUAGAAUCUUCAAUAAAAUGGAUUUCUUAUUUUUUAGCUGGUAUGUUACACAUUCAUUUUAAUCCAAAUAAAAAUACUCUCAACUAUACACCAUCACAUGUUUGCAGGACGAAUAAACAACUCAACAUUAUUAUCCGAGCUUAUUUAUUCAAUGUCAAACUUCAUGUUGCUAUUUAAUGAUCAAAUCAUAUUGAAUAUUGACAAAAAAUCUACACCAACCAAUGACAAAGGAAAUAAAAAGAUAUUUUCCCCUGAAAACAUCAAGUGUUUCCUUACCAUGUUGGAGUAUAUUGAAGUGUUUAUAGAAGUGUCUGCUAAAAAACUAUGGGGUUCUAAAGGACGAUGGAUUAUUAUUGUGCUUUUGCAAACUCUAAAGUAAUUUUUUAUAAUUUGUCUAUUCUUUUUCUAGCUACAUAGUUCCAUAGCACCAUUAUUCUGCAUCUAAUUUAUAUCAU